ACACUGGAUGGCUGCUCGCAGGGCUACAUGUAUUUGCACAGGGCCCCGUGAUGCAUCCAGAUCGAAUAGAGGGUAUCCAUACACAAAGACCGUUGAUAUCACUGCGGACCUGAUACAUACGCCAUCACAACAAUUUGUGAUAUUGGGUUGUUUUUCUGGCUAUUCUGUUGCUGUACUGGUCCAUGUGGAGUCAGCAUUUAUAACCAGUUGAUCUCUAAUUUCUAAACGAAAUUCCAAGGUAAUUCCAACCGAUUAGGAUGUCCACCCUCGAGGUUGGACAGCGAGUCGUCCGGAGCUCCACCUGGACGUGGCGAGACCAAGAUGGCGGUAACGGUCAUCUUGGUACUGUGGUCAAGCUGAAAGAUCAAGACCCUCUAGAUCCAAUUCCUAAUGGUUGGGCCAAGGUCCGAUGGGAUAAUGGGAACAGGAACAACUAUCAGGCUGGGUCCAGUGAUGACUGCUAUGAUCUCAUGCUCUUUGACAAUGCCCCUGCAGGUGUGACUCAUUUAGGUAUUCGUUGUGAUAGUUGUUUGACGAUGCCCGUUGCCGGCAUACGCUGGAAAUGCAGCGAUCAGAACUGCCCUGAUUAUGACCUUUGUACUCGAUGUUACAUGGAUGACAAACACGACACGUCCCAUGCAUUCACACGCUUUGUUAGUCGGAAAGAAACAGGGAUACUCUUGGGGCCUCGGUUUGGCGUAACUAAAACACUAUCAAGAGGAUUGUGCCCAGGAGCAGAAGUAUGCAGAGGAAAGGACUGGGAAGGCGAUGAAGAUGAUGAUUCCAGUGGAUCUGUUCGUGAGGUAUGCCCUUUCUCGGAAAGACCGCGGUCAGGCGUCAAUGUCCGCUGGAACCAGUCUCAGAAGAUCACCACUCACAGAGUUGGAUACAAUGGGAAAAUGGAUCUUAGGUGCACCACACCUGGCGUCGGCACAAGCUACUAUGCUAGCCAUCUACCUAUUUUAGGUAAAGAGGUUGGCUUGAAGGUCGGAGACGCGGUAGCCAUCACCCUUGAUGGAGAAACAUUACAGAUGAUGCAACAAGGCAGUGGGUGCGAUUGGAUACCAGAUAUGGGGAAUCUGUUUGGCAAGGUUGCCAAGGUCACUGGUGUCAACUCCAGAGGGGAUGUACAGGUCACCUACUCAGACGAAGCAGCGCAAACUUUCACCUUUAAUCCAGAUGUACUGAACAAGGUUCCAAAGUUAGGAAAGGGAGACCUUGUGCAGAUCAAUCAAAACCUCACGUAUGUUAUGAAUCUUCAAGAUAACAGUCAAAAUGGAUGGGUGGAUGGAAUGGAGAAGUGUCUUGGAUCAGAAGGGACAGUGAUGAAAGUUGAUUCCCACUAUAACAGUCGAUUGCGCGUGACCGGGAAGGAACGGGUUUGGUCCUGGCAUCCCUGUUGCCUGUCUAUUAUUAAGAAGAAUUCAACAGACGAUGAAGACAUUGAGGGGGUGGAGUCUCUUGGCCGCAAAUUAUUAGGUGGAAGUGAUGGCCAUGAAGCAAUAUUGAAAGCCUUAAUGUCUCUUCUUGGAAAAGAUAGUGGCUCCUCAGAUAACGAGUCGGGCGAUGGAGGAGAAACAGCUCAGCUGAUGAAGGCUGCAAAGAUUGGCAAUACUGAACGGGUCGUUGAGAUCCUGUCCAAAUCACCUGAAAUGGCAAAUGCAACAACGGGAGGGAAGACCGCCCUUCAUAGAGCGGCUGUUCAAGGUCACCUUGAGGUGGCCCAGGCCCUAUUGGGGGCAGGGGCUGAGAUAGAUGUCUCUGAUAAUAGCGGAAGCACACCCCUUCAUUAUUCUGUUGAGGGGGAUGAACCAGCAAUUGCAAAGUAUUUGAUCAGUAAAGGAGCUGACGUAGACAGAGCUAAUAAGAACGGAAGGAGGGCGAUCCAUCAGGCAGCCUACCGAGGGCUUGUUGACUGUACUCGGGUCUUGAUUAAUCUUGGAUGCGAUGUUAACGUACAGGAUUCAGAGAAAGAUUCUCCCCUCCAUGACGCUGUCGUCAAGAACAACACAGAUGUCAUUGAACUCCUGGUGAAAGUUCCAAGCCUUGAUGUAACUCUCGCUAACGAAAAAGAGUUGACGGCUCUUCAACUUACCGCUUACAUGGAUAGACCCGAACCUGCGGAGUUGAUUGCUCAGAGUUGUCCUCAAGCAAUUACUGUUCCAAGAGACGAUGGGCAUACCAUAUUACAUAUUGCUGCCAUUAAUAAUCAUGUUGAAGUCAUGAAGGUCAUUCUGGCUGUGAAGGGUCAUGGGCUUGAUAUAAAUGCCAUGAACGUGCAACGUAUCACAGCCCUACACCUGGCUGCUACCAAGGGACAGUCGGAAAGCAUAGAGUUCCUGGUCUCACAAGGCGCAGACAUCAAUCUUCAAGGUGAUGAUGAUCAUAGUGCACUCCAUCAUUUGGCCAGUGCUGUAGGGAGAGAUCCAAGUAAAGUCAAUGACACCCCCACCCUCAAGAAGAUUCGCCAACGAUUUAAGGGUUGCGGAGUUGAUGACAGUGCUGCUGCAGCAAUGUGCUACUUGGUUCUAAAUGGGGCUUCCUUGGACCUAGAGAAUGUCAAAUGUCGGACUCCGUUGUAUUAUGUCAAGAAUGCCCAGCUGAAAAAGACUUUGAAGAAGAUUGCACAUGAUAAGACGGCUGAUGACAUGUCCUCAUGGGAGGACCUUGGGGAGGACGAAGAUGUGAAGAAGGGUCGGCUGAGUGAGAACGCCAUCGUUCUUGAUGAUGAUGAUAUCAUCCUCAAGGGAGGUGACAGCAUGGGUGCCACUGAUAAGGGCUCUCCGAAGCGGAUAAGAAAGGACUCGGAAGAUAGUCAACAGCAACAACAAUCUGAUUCAGCAGGAGAUCGAAAGAAAGCUAGAAAGCCAAAGAUCGAAGUAUUUGACCUGGUACACAAGAUCGACGUCUCUGAUCUUGACAUGGGCCGUGUGGUCGGAAAGGGUCAGUUCGGUGUCGUCCAUCAUGCUUCCUGGAGGGGAACUCCAGUAGCGGUCAAGAAGAUCUCCAUCAUGGGUAGUAGAAAAGAAGAAAUUGAAAAGGAGGUGGCUAUACACAGACGGGCAACCCAUCCUAACAUCGUUCAGAUGAUGGCGCUGGGUUACAAGGAGCAGGAUGCAUUCCUUGUCAUGCAGUUUAUUGAAGGACCAAGCUUACAUGCCAUUAUCUUUGCUGACAGAGGAGAUGAUAAGAUUGCUCUGGACUGGGCCAAAAGACUUCAGAUAUCUUGUGAGGUCCUUCAAGCCAUAACAUUCAUGCAUGCCUGUAACAUUCUACAUCUUGAUAUCAAGCCUGCUAAUGUACUAGUCGACACCGUGACAAUGCGUCCGUACAUCUGUGACUUAGGUCUGGCCCACAUCAAGAACCGCAACCUCAUGUCCCAAUCCUCAGUCAAUAUGAGAGGCACACCUUGCUUCAUGCCCCCAGAGGCACUUGGCUCAACAGAACCCGGAUACAGGCACUCACCCAAGCACGAUGUCUGGUCGGUGGCGGGAACAUUGGUCGAGCUUUACUCCAUGAAGCGGCUGUGGGGAGAUUCAGCGCAUCCUUUGGCCCUCUUGGCUCGCAUCUUUACGGGCCAGAUGGGUAAACCGGAUUCUUUGAACUCGGUUGAUCCUAGAAUCAAGAAGAUCCUGGACCCAUGCUUUGAACAGAGACCGGAGAAGAGACCGUCGGCUUCUGAUCUCUUGGAGCAGUUCAAUGACCUUACGUGAUGGGCGAGCAAUUGGCUUGAAAUUUGAAAGGCCUGUUUACUGUGCAAACCAUUCGUUCGAGUCAAGUUUUCUGAAUGCAGAGCCUAUAAUGACGUUGUAUGUGCUAGUCUUUGUGUGAAGACCUACUUGUUGAUUUAAGUUUCAAUCAGGGUCUGUGCCUGCAGACCUGUGAAAGACUGUUCUAAUAUACAUGUAUAUGUAUAAUUUGUCAAUAACAUUAUGGAUUUUGUAUAUUUUCAUAGCAUGAUUAUAUACCACCAGCCAUACAUGCGAUCAUGGUGAACAAAUAUUUAUUUUGUUGAAUUUCCUUCUGUUUUUAUAACUUUGUGGGACAAACUUAUAGUUCAUUGCAUACUUUUAGGAUUCUUAUUUUCAUGUAGUAGGUGAUUUUUUAGCUGAUCUAACUUGUUAGAAUUGAUUGUUAGUUGUGGCUAUAUGCCAAAGGAUGAUAAAAAUGCAGCUGUUCAUGUACUUACUUGCGGCACUGUGUGUUGUAAUUAUGGGAUGUGUUAUGCUUUUUCUAUUUCAUUUUUUAUGUUGGCUACUUUUUAUCAACUAACUUAUGUGAAUGUCUUUGGCAAAACAGGAAUUAUAACAUUGUAAAUGUCAUACAUGUAUGUAAAUAUAUAAAUGACAUUUCAAUAUUGAUAAUGAUACUACAAAAAUAAUGUGAUUAUUAUUGUGGUAUUGCAUGAUUAUGUAUUUUGUGUCUCAGAAUAUUAAUAUAUAUAUAUAUAUGAAUAUCGCAAACUGAAAUUUUAUAUCAUACAAGUGAUACAACUCAUUUUCAUAUUUUUUAAUGCAGUAUGACAUUUCAUUGAUUUUAAAUUUUUUGAUAAAAGGCUUUUCACUUGUUUUUAGACGCAUUGCCCUACUGAUAGCUUGAUGAAAGAAUGAUUUUUAUUUCUCCAACACAAAAUUGAUUAUCCAUUUCUAGCCUUAUGACUUGCUUAUUUCCCCCAUCUUUUAAAUAAAUCGUAUGACAAAUUCAAUAUUAGGAAUCCUUAACAUUGGGUAAAAUGUGUCCAUUUUGAUGGUUCAAAGCAUACAUGUAGUUGUAUUCUUUUUUUAGUCAGUUAAACCCCCAUUCCACAGAGAUCAAGACCGCUGAAAGACCAUGAAUUUUGGUUGAUCUUUCAGCGGUCUCUCAAUGAACCUACAAUGGUCUUUUGAGGUCUUACACGAGUCCUGACCAAUCUUUCAGUAGUCUUCAUGGCCUCCAAAACUUUUUGAAACGGUCCAAAACAGUAUUACAGGAAAAUGGUCUUUCAGUGGUCUUUCAGCAGUCUUUCAGCGGUCUUUCGAUAAACUUUCAAAGGUCUUAAUAGUCUUUCAAUGAUCUUUCGGCAGUCUCAAGAUUUUUGCGGAGAUCAUUGUAAGACUCAUGAGAGAUCAUUCAAAGAUCAUUGAAAGACCAGGCAAAGUCCAUGGAAAGAAUUCUGAAAGAUCACUUGUUGUAUAAAAAGAUCUCUGAAAGACCAUUGAAAGAUCUCUAUAGGACUACUCUAAGACAAGUACCGUAAGACAAGAAAUAUCCAUCAGUCUUUCAGAGUUCUUUGAGGGGUCUUUCUGAACCAUUCCACAGAGAUGACAAAUUUCAGUGAUCUUGAAGACCGCUGUAAGACUUCACAAAUUUUAAGUCUUUCAGUGGUCUUUCAACGGUCUCCGUUCUGUGGAAUGGGGGCCUAAGGCCAAAUUUGAAUGUUUGGAAAGCCUCAAUAUAUGUCAUUGUUGUCCUCAAAAUAUGUGUUCUGCUAAAAAAUUGGCAGACGUUUGGACAACGAUCCAUGCAUUUUCGGGCCCCGUCUUACAAAGAGUUACGAUUGAUCCAAUCAACGUCAACUAUAUGGAAAUCCAUCAAUAUCAUAAUUGUUUUCUUCAGACUAUUUGCACAAUGUACUAUGUGAACAAAGAUAAGCACUCUGAAAUGUCAAGAAAAUGGUGAAUGUAUGAAUAUACAUCAUAUCUAGAAAAUCAUUUGAAUAAGCAUGCAUUUUAGAUUUUGACGUGGCUGGCUUUCCAGAGUUGUGGUUGAUUGGGUCAAUCGCAAGUCUUUGUGAGAUGGGUCCCAGUUCCCCCACAUUAUCUCUCAAAAAAACUGUAUGCAUUAUGUUAAUUCAUGUCAAAUAACUUGCCCCUUGAUAUAUUGUUGAGCUCAAAUUUAAAAAAUUUGCAUAUAUAGCUCUCUCAUUUUGAACCUGGUUGUGAUGAAUUUGAAUUGUGUCUCGACUCUCUUUUAUUGGAAAUUGAUUUCCCCCUUUUAUUUUGCUUUCUUUAAAUAACAAAAUCUAUUGGCCUGCCAUCAUGUUGAAAAUAAAUACAGGUGGAUCUGCCUACCAUCGAACCUUUUGGGACAAAAAUCUAUCCGAAUUUGUAAAUAUGACGAAUGCGAAUUAGAAAUGGUAGAUAACACAUGAUGUUAAUGAUCCGGGCCCCGUCUUACGAAGAGUUAUGAUUGAUCCAAUCAAUUGUAACUCUAUAUAAAUCCAUCGGUGUCAUAAUAUUUUCUACAUGAAAUUUGCAUAAUGUCCUUUGUAAAUAAAGGCAAAGACACAAAAUUGUCAAGAAAACAAUGAUUUUAUGCAAUGUACAUCAUAUGUAGAUAAUAUUUUGCACAAACAUGUAUUUUAGAUGUGAGCAUUGCUGGCUUUCCUUAGUUGAGGUUGAUCAGAUCAAUCGCAACUCUUUGUAACAUAGGGCCCUGGUCUAAAAAAUUGCUUCAACUUAGGCUAAUAUUUGACUUGAAUGUAUGGAAGCUUGAUUUAGUCAGAGUCAGUGGCAUACAGACGUGGGGGGGGGGGGGCCCUUGCCCCCUUUAAAUUUUUCACGACCAAGAACAAAAGAGAAAAAGCAAAAAUAGAAAAGAGAGAAGGGUGAAAUAUGAUAUUAUUGUCCGAGUAUUAUGUCAAAAUCUAUCAGAGAUUGGAUUGUUGUUGAAAAAUGUCACAAUUUUUGCUUGCUUGCAAAUUUGUAUAAAUUUUAUGCGAUUCACUAUACGGUAUCUAGCCCCCUCAAAAUUUUAAGCUCAUUAUGCUACUGGUCAGAGUAAAAUGUACCUGUACAUGCUCAGAUUAACUUGAACUUCCAAAUCAAAUAAUCACCCAAGUCGAAACAUACAUGGAUUUUCUGACGAGAAUAUGUGUCACUUGUAUAUUUACAUCUGAAAGUCGUUGGACUGAUGUUUGGGGCCCCGUCUGACAAAGAGUUGCGAUCAACCACAACUAUGGACGGCCAGCAACGUCAACAUCUAAAAUGCAUGUUUGUUUAAAAUAUUGUCUCGAUAUGUUGUCCAUUCCUAAAUUCAUCGUUCUCGUGAAGAUUCAAUGUGAUCGAUCCCUUUGUUUACUAGGGAAAUUGAGCAAAUUUCCUGUAGAAAAAAAAUUAUGGUAUAGAUGGAUUUCCAUAUAGUUGAUAUUGAUUGGAUCAAUCGUAACACUUUGUAAGACACAGGGCUUAAUUGUUCCAAGAGAUUCCAGUUAAGUAGAGUCACCUGGGUAGCAUUUUGUGAAACAAAUCAGUCAGUGGUAUUCAAUGUUGUUCUUAGCCAAUCAUAUGCAAGGAUUUCAGUAGCUUAUAACAAUCAUUUUAAAUCACUAUUUGCUUCAUGAAACACCCUAGAAGGUCUCAUUGCAUAAUGGAAUUGGAUAUAACUCUUAUAUUUGGAAGGAAAAUAUGUGUUUUAUUUCUUCCAUAGAUUUUCCCAUAUAGAAUGAAAAGUAGUGGCAUUUUACAUGAAUGAUGUUGGUCAACAUGCAUACAUAUAUAUAUAUAUGUGUUACGUGAGAACCCUUGUCUUAUACAAAGUAAUGUAAAUGAGAGUCUGUAUUCGAUCUGUUCUUGAGAUUGUGUUAAGAGCUACUGAAAUCCUCACAUCCAAUUGGAUGAGAGCAAAUUUGGAAAUGAAACUCACCAAAAAACCAAGAAGCACUCUUUGAUGGAGCAUAUGAGUUUGUUAAAACAUGACUGUGUAUACUGCAAAAACAUUUUUUACUUAAUAAAGAAUACGCUAUGAAAUAUCCCA